AACAAAGUAAUUUAGAAGUGUCUGGAAGACGCCGCCACCACAUUUCCUUUCCUUUGUGAAUUGAAAUCGUCGACGAAGAAUCGGAACUAUGUCUGGAGAGUUUUAUUAGUUCGAUUUACAGGCACUUUGUGCCCGAGAAUUGAUUCAAUUGAUCAAGAUAAGCUGUACAAUUUCCUCUGACAACAUAGCAUAUCCGGAGGUAAUGUUGCUUUUGCAAAGGGAAUGAACGAUCGAAGCGGAAAGAAGAUUGUAUUGAAUGCACACGCAAAUUAUAUAGUAAUCCCGAUUCAAACAUUUAGUUGACAGACAAGAUCUUCAAAGAUUUUGUUUGUAUUAAAUAGCACUGCUGUUAUAAACACCAAAGCUCUACUUGAGCUGUCAAAGAUAACUCUCAUAUUAUUUUGUCACCGAAUUUUUCAAUGCAUUUUCACGAAAGUGAAUUUCUUUUCGAAGUACAGCUUUAUACCGUGCAGAUUUGUUGCGUUGAGUGAUUAAGUUUUAAUUGACGUUUGCCAUAGCAUAUGCGGUGAAGCAUUUUGAAUAAACAACAAAUUUUUUGGAAAUUUUUUGUGAAGCCAGCCAAUAAAAAUGCGUGGACUAAAAUAGAAUACGUCAUUGGCUCAUUUUCAAGAACUCGAUGCUCGCCUGCAAAAUUACUGUACACUUUGAAAAUAAUUACACAAAGUAAUGUGGAGUAUGUAAACUAGUAGCUAACAACAAGAGCGCAAAGGUGGUGCUGUUCACUUGUGUUCGUUUUACUUCAUUAUACUGUCUAAGGCGCAGAAUUUCCGUUAAUUCGCUUCGGAAAAUAUAGCAUGAAGAUAGAGACCUGUUAAAUGGCCGGGAUUAGGAAGUUUUUUAAGAAAUCUGGCAGGAAAAAGGGCUUGUCUAAAGAAGACUUGCACUCGGACGCUGGCAGUGAAUAUGCGUUCGGUUAUGUUAUCGGCAAAGACAAGGACUUUCCAAAGUUGCACAAAGCCGUUUGGAACAGAGAUACUGCGAAAGUAAAGCAACUAUGCAAGAAAUUUGAUAUAAACCAAUUUGACAAGGAAAACAGGACUCCCCUACACUUGGCAGCUGCUAUAGGCAAUGAAGAAGUCAUGAAGUUUCUACUGGCAAAUAAGGCAAAGACAAAUCUUUGCGAUAAUGAUGGUCGGACUGCAUUGAUGAAGGCAAUCGAAUGUUCCCACGAAGGUUGCAUUCGCCUGCUGCUGGACAGCAAUGCCGACGUGAGGGUAACGGACAUCAAUUCCAGCUCGACGUUGCAUCUGGCAGCUGCAAACAGUCUAAUUGAUAUCGCUGUUUUACUUCUCCGUCUGGGAAUCAGUGUGAACAUCACCGAUAAGGAAGGUUUCACGCCUUUACACGUGGCCUGUUCAAUUGGCCAUCAAGAUUUUGUUCUUUUCUUAUUGAGCGAAAACGCUGACGUAAAUUGUAAGGAUUCCCAGGACAGAACGCCAUUGAUGACCGCUGCUGCCGAUGGUCACGUGGAUAUUGUGAACAUACUUCUCGAAAAUUAUGCUGACGUCACACUUAAGGAUGUUCAGGGAUGGAAAGCUGCCGAUCACGCCGUCAUGAACGGAAUACACAGCUGUGCCAAAAUUAUCGAUGAUUACGAGAUAAGAAUCGAGAAGAAAAAAGAAACCGCGGAUGUGGAAAAACAAGAGAAAAAACCGAUCACCACACGCCAACAAUCUUCAACUUUUACUGAAACUUUGAGAUCUUCAUCUCCUGUCGACGAUGGCCUAAAUUUCACAUUUGGUGGACCUGCUGCUGAUAAAGUGAGUAACGACGCUUUACGAAGUGAGGACAGUACAAGCAGACAAUCUGAAGGCGACUCUUGGAAAUCGGAUUCUGAAGAUGAAAUUCCCGGAAAAAAGGUCAGCCUGGCUGCCGCGUUUAAAAAGUUGAAAGAAGUGAAUCGACAUUGAGCAAUGAGAGUCGAAGUCGUAUUCCUGUUCGCAGUCCAGCGAAAGCGCAAAGCUCAGUCUCAGUCCGUUCUAUUGAGAAAGUCAUCCCGACAUCGAUGCCAAGCAAGAUUCCUCGACCUGUUUCAGCUACUCCAUCAAACCGGGAGGCAUUCCAUCGCCCGACAAAACUUUCUCCUCACGUGAUAAAAAUUCAGCUCUCAUCUCCCCCACAUCGUUGGUGAAAAGUGGCGGAUC